AUGAAUAUAAAUCUCGUGAAGAUCAUUAGACCAGAGUUGGUCCCUCUUCAAGACGUCGACGAGGAAUGCAAUGAUCCUGAUAUUGGAGACGAUCACUUCAACAUCUCAAGUUUCAGCGACGCCGAAUUCUUUCCCGAUGACUUGAAUGUUCGAGUCCGAAAACCUGUUCCAAACGACGUCAUUUUCGAGCUCUAUACAAGACAUGACCAUCAACAGGCUGCCAUGAACGUACUGCUGCUGCGUUGGGCAGCGCUCUGCGACGGCCUCUACGCGGCUGCGGUUGACAACGUACAGUUCGUGGGCGGUGAACUCGCUGCACUGCUCGCCUUCAUUGAGGCUGAGGCGGGGCUGGACAGAAACAAGACACAUGUGAUCGGUUACAGCCUCGGCGCGCACGUGGCGGGGGCUGCAGGCGCUGCUUUUCCAGGCAUCGGUCGCAUUACUGGUCUAGAUCCUGCGGGUCCGAUGUUCAUAAGCCGCGGACCGUCCGGCCGCCUGGACCCGAGCGACGCGGUGUUCGUAGACGUGAUCCACACGGACGCGGGGUCUUUGUUGGGCGGCCACUUCGGGUACCUGGGGAGUCUGGGCCACGUGGACUUCUUCCCCAACGGCGGGUCAGUGAGACCCUUAUUGAACUCUUCACUGAGACUCGGGUAA